AGUUCAUCCCCGUUCCAACCAGACACUUCAUUUUCAAAAUACCGCUUCUCUCUCUUCGUCUCUCCGACGGGUCCACGAGACUCGGGUUCGGAUCCCUGAUCGCUCCUCAGAAAACACCUCGUUUCCAAACUCAGAAUCCAGAUCCUUCUCUCGCCGACGGUUUCAAAUUCUCGUUCCGUUGAAAGUUAAAAGAAAGAAGAAAAAUGAUAGCAAUUCCGUAUUUGACCGCAUUAACCACCUACUUCAGCUACGGCUUGCUCUUUGCCUUUGGCCAAUUCAGGGAUUUCUUCAGGAAAAUCUUCGACCUUUGCAGCUCCAACAAUCUUCAGGGUUAUGCACCGAUCUGCUUAGGACUUGAAGAUUUUUAUAUCCGUCGAUUAUACCUUCGUAUUCAGGACUGUUUUGGGAGACCAAUAGCAAGUGCUCCUGAUGCUUGGUUUGAUGUAGUCGAACGCUACUCGAAUGAUAAUAACAAGACGCUAAAACGAACCAAUAAAUUAAGUCGAUGCCUUAACUUGGGAUCAUACAACUAUCUUGGUUUUGCUGCGGCGGAUGAAUACUGCACACCUCGAGUGGUUGAGUCGUUGAAGCAGUAUUCUCCAAGCACUUGCAGUACCCGGGUAGAUGGUGGCACGACUGUGCUUCACAAUGAAUUGGAGGAGUGUGUUGCAAGAUUUGUUGGGAAACCGGCUGCUUUAGUUUUUGGUAUGGGCUAUGUGACAAACUCUGCUAUUCUUCCAGUUUUGAUGGGGAAGGGAAGUUUGAUUAUUAGUGAUUCAUUGAACCACAACUCAAUUGUUAAUGGUGCACGUGGAUCAGGAGCAAUUAUUCGUGUUUUUCAACAUAACACGCCAUCACAUUUAGAAGAAGUGUUAAGAGAACAAAUUGCAGAGGGACAGCCAAGGACGCAUAGGCCUUGGAAGAAGAUUAUGGUUAUUGUGGAGGGGAUAUACAGUAUGGAAGGAGAGCUUUGCAAACUUCCAGAGAUCAUAGCUAUAUGCAAAAAAUACAAGGUGUAUACAUAUUUGGAUGAAGCACACAGCAUUGGAGCUGUGGGCAAGACGGGAAGAGGUGUUUGUGAGCUCUUGGGUGUGGAUACUGCUGAUGUUGACAUUAUGAUGGGAACAUUCACCAAAUCAUUUGGAUCUUGUGGAGGUUAUAUUGGGGGAUCUAAGGAGAUUAUCCAAUAUUUGAAGUACACCUGCCCUGCUCAUCUUUAUGCAACUUCAAUUUCACCUCCAGCUGCACAGCAAAUAAUUUCAUCCAUAAAAGUUAUUCUUGGAGAGGAUGGUUCCAGUAGAGGUGCCCAGAAACUUGCACAAAUUCGAGAGAAUAGCAAUUUUUUCAGGUCAGAACUGCAGAAGAUGGGAUUUGAGGUUCUUGGGGAUAAUGAUUCUCCGGUAAUGCCUAUCAUGCUUUACAAUCCCUCCAAAAUCCCUGCCUUCUCAAGGGAGUGCCUCAAGCAGAAUGUUGCUGUUGUGACAGUGGCAUUUCCUGCAACCCCAUUGCUACUGGCUAGAGCACGCAUAUGCAUAUCUGCUUCUCAUUCAAAAGAAGACCUUAUCAAAGCCUUGCAGGUUAUUAGCAGAGUGGGUGAUCUAGUUGGCAUAAAAUACUUCCCUGCUGAGCCAAUGAAGCAGCAACAAGAUGGUAAAAAUUUGAAGUUUGAUUGAGAGAGAAGUUUAUCUAUGAUCAGAAAGAGGAGCAAAGACUAUUACGAUAGAGCUGUAAUGAUAAGAAGGCAUUUUGUUGCCCAGAUGGUGGAUUGGUUUCAAAUUAACUGGCUUUUUCUACUGUGUAUAAGUUGUUGCCAUCUUCAAAAGCGUGGACUUUGCUUGGAGCAGCAGACCCUUGUAAGCUUUGUUCCCAGGAUACAAGUGAAUAUCACAUGGAGAAAAGUCCAGUUGGGGCUUGGUUAUUCAUUUGAAACAAACUCUUGUUUGAAAUUUUUAUCAAAUUGUAAAAUCAUUGAUUAUUUUAUGAAGAAUAUUAGUCUCAUGUAGUGUAGGAUAUUAUCUCAUGUCAUAAACACAAAAUAUGUAGGGUUUAUUCAUUUAUUUAUUUUAAUGAGUGGAUUCCACAUAUUUUGUAUGUAUGACAUGAUAUACUAUUCUCUUACAAUAUGAGACUAGUAUUUCUAUUAUUUUAUAUUGGGUUGUAGUUUCGGGAGUCCCUUGGGAAGUGUAUAGGCCCAUUAGCUAGCUACAUUUACUACCAACGUCUGCUCGAUUUUAGUUAUGAA